AUGGCGACGCCGUCCAUCGACAAGCACGCCCUCGACUCCUUCCACGCCCACCUGUCCCAGUCCAAACGUGUACUCGCCCUUCUCGGCGCCGGUCUAUCAGCAUCCAGCGGUCUUCCCACGUUCCGCGGGGCUGGUGGCUUAUGGAGAUCCCACGACUCCAUCUCCCUCGCCACCCCCGAGGCAUUCGCCGCCGACCCCAGCCUCGUAUGGCACUUCUACAACUACCGCCGCCACAUGGCCCUCCAAGCCCAGCCCAAUCCAGCGCAUUACGCACUGGCCGAACUGGCCAGGAAGUUGCCCGGGUUCCAGUGUCUGUCGCAGAACGUCGACGGCUUGAGUCAACGCGCCGAACAUCCGCCUGACCAACUGCAACUUCUGCACGGGACGCUGUUCGAGCUCAAAUGUGCCAGCCGGAGAUGCGACUAUCAUGAGACCAACUUCACCGACCCCGUCGUUCCGGCACUUGCCAUUCCCACUGGUGGAGUCGAUCCGACCUCCAACGAAGCUCGUCGGGAAGCUGCAGCAGCGCAGGACAAAGGUCAAGAUCUUGACAUCUCCGAUGUCAAAGUGCCCAUCCCCUCAAUCUCAACCAAGGAUCUGCCUCAAUGUCCGAAAUGCAACGCACAUCUGCUCCGCCCCGGGGUCGUCUGGUUCGGCGAGAGCUUGCCCGCUAGCGUCCUCAAGAAUGUGGACGACUUCAUCGACGCCGACGCCGGCAUUGAUCUGAUCAUCGUCAUUGGCACCAGUGCAAAGGUCUAUCCCGCCGCCGGCUAUAUUGACGAGGCACGAGAAAAGGGCGCGCGGGUCUGCGUGGUCAAUAUGGACACCAACGAUGCCCCCGCCAGCGGCUGGGCAGAGGGCGACUGGCUGUUCCAGGGAGAUGCUGCCACCGUGGUCCCGGAGUUGUUGAAGCCAGUCAUUGGAGAGAUCAAAGCGAAAGUCUGA